CUAUCAACAAGUGCGUGAGCGGGCAGAUUCUGCUAAUGCGCAUGCUUUUGCUGUCAUAUACGGAUUUACUUAAAUGAUUAUAAUGCCAGUAUGAGUAACCAGGGUGAUUUCGAAUACGAUUUCAAUUGCUCAGAUUGUGAAGAACAUGAAUUAAACUCGGAGGCCGUUUUUUUCUGCGGCCAAUGCCACAGGCAAUUCUGCAAUCUUUGCAACCAGCAACACCUGAGAUUUUACCCCACCCACCAUACACUAGACCACGACCAGAGAACCGAAUGGGGCACUGUCAUCUAUGCAGAAACUAAACCAUGCCAGAAGCAUCCAAAAAAGCUCGGAAGUUCGCUCUGUCUAGACCAUAAUGUCAUAUGCUGUUUACAGUGUUCAGCAUCCACGCAUGGAAAAUGCAAACAUCUACAGCGUCUCCCGAAGAAACCGAAGCCAAAGAAACCGAAACCAACGAGCUCGUUGACGAAGGAGAAGAAAAGAACUGUUUCUGAAAGCGAAAUUACUUUAUCUACAAGUAAGACAAGAUCAAAUUUAAAAGUAAAAAGUGGUUCCCUGAAGGACAAGUCGGAGAAAUCGGCGAGAUUAGCCAGACAAGGUCAAACAAAAGCACAAAGUGAAAGUUCAGAUGUUGUACGGGAAUACGUCGAAGGGAGAAAACCAAGAAGGGAAAAUGGUUCCGAUUUUGUUCAGGAAUAUGUUGAUGGCAAGCGAGUCACGGGGGUUUACUUUGAAGAAAGUGGUAACGCAGGAGCUGUUUCGGAGUUUCAAGUUUCUGGUAGACGCCCGGGACAAGCUAGAAAGAACAGUGACAUUGGUGGUAUUGGUAGAAAUCACCAGUACCGAAUUUUGAGCAAACACGUGUACAAUGUCCGAAUGGACGGUGAAAGUCCAUGUGAAAUAACAGGUAUUUGUCAGCUCUCUGAUGGUAGAAUUGUUAUCGUAGACUUUGAGAAUUGUAAAGUCAAGUUACUAGACAAGGGGUUUAAUAUUGUCGACUGCUUGGUCUUGCCUGAAUAUCCCAGAAAUGUGGCCGUCUGUGACUCUGAGAUAGCUGUUACAGUUUCUGGUGGAGACUCCCAUGAAAUCCAUUUAUUCAAUGUUGGUGCAACCAAACUGGAAUCUAGCGGUAUUCUUCCCUUACAAACUUAUUGUAGUGCAAUAACUCACCACGCGGGUCAUAUUUAUGUAGCGUCCUUGGAAACAGUUUAUCGCUGCACAAGAAAAGGCAGAAAGUUGGAAGAAGUCCACAAAUCUCAAGAUUACGACUUACGUAACAUCGUUGUUGACAGGGAGAAGUCUGUUCUUCAUGUUACUGAUUUUGCAAAUGAUUGUGUUAACAGAAUAGACAUUAAGAGUAGCAAUAUCAUCUCGAAAUUUGAAAAUGAAGAAAUGGACAGUCCGACAGGAGUUACCUUGGACAAUAAAGGUCAAAUGUUUGUAUGUGGAAAGAUUUCCGAGAAGAUUUUACAAGUUGACCAAGCAAGCAAUGCAAUGGUACAGAUCGUUGCAAAUAAGGAUGAUGGUGUGUGUCAACCACACUGCUUGUUAUUUGAUGAAACGUCAUGUACCCUGGUUGUAGGACAAUGGAAUGACAGUUUACUCGUGUUGAGACUAGACUAA